CUGGCUUCAGCAGUGUGCAGCAGCGAUAGCGGGUGUAGCUUAGCCUGGCAUGUAGAUUUCUGGGCGUUUUUGUACAGUAUUAAAAUGGUAUAAAACAACGAUCAACCAGUGACAUAACGUGCCUUCUUGGAUUGAUUUUAAAAGCAAAGUUUUUAUUUUUAAAGGGGGUUAAUGCCAUGUGGCGUUGUGUAGCUGGCGGCCAUUUGUGAUGUCUCAUGCUAGUUAGCAGCCGUGGCUAACAAAAACAUCGGAGUGGGUGACAGCAGCCGACAGGCAGCAGUGCAGAAAGUGUGAAUGAACUGUACAAUGAUGGAUAGAAACUCAGAAUCAACCUCAGAGAGGAUUCUCCUGGAGCCUUACAAAUACCUGCUACAACUCCCCGGCAAACAGGUGCGGACUAAGCUGGCCCAAGCAUUCAACCACUGGCUCCAAGUACCAGAGGACAAAUUACAGGUGAUCAUAGAAGUGACAGAGAUGCUGCAUAAUGCCAGUCUGCUGAUCGACGACAUCGAGGACAGUUCAAAGCUGCGGCGAGGCUUCCCCGUGGCCCACAGCAUCUACGGCAUCCCCUCCGUCAUCAACUCCGCCAACUACGUCUACUUCCUGGGUCUGGAGAAGGUCCUGACACUAGACCACCCCGAGGCCGUCAAGGUAUUUACCAGUCAGCUAUUGGAGCUCCACAGAGGACAAGGGCUGGACAUCUUCUGGAGAGACACCUACACCUGCCCCACUGAAGACGAGUAUCGAAACAUGGUGCUGCAGAAGACUGGAGGACUCUUCGGGUUAGCGGUCGGGCUAAUGCAACUGUUCUCUGAGUGGAAGCACGAUCUUAAACCGCUUUUGGAUACACUGGGGCUGUUUUUCCAGAUUCGGGAUGAUUACGCCAACUUGAGUUCAAAGGAGUACAGCGAAAAUAAAAGCUUCUGUGAAGAUUUAACAGAGGGCAAGUUCUCCUUCCCGACUAUCCACGCGAUCUGGUCCUGUCCUGAAAGCACGCAGGUUCAAAACAUUUUACGACAGAGGACUGAAAACAUGGAUAUAAAGAAAUACUGUGUGGAUUAUUUGGAGAAAGUGGGAUCCUUUGAGUAUACGAGGAAAACUCUAUGGGAUUUGGAGGCAGAGGCGUAUAGAUUGAUUAAAGAGCUAGGAGGAAACCCGCAACUGGAGAGCCUCGUCAAAUUGCUCAGUCAGAUGCACCAUGAGGCCACUGCUCACGCUAGUGCAGCAGGGGGCAGCACUGAGCAGCAAAAACCUUGACGAUAGAAUAUACAGAGUACUUACUACCUGUUACAGUAACUAGGCAUUUUUCACACUCCUCAAAACAGCUCGUGUUGUGUAUGGAGUUAGUUGUUUGUGCACAAAUUGCAUAUAUAUUCACUUCUCCAUUCACAACUGCACAAGAUAAAAAAUUUAUAUUAAUCUGCAUAUAAUUUUGCUGUAAUUAUCACUUACAACUAUAAUAAUAAUAGAAUAAAAAACAAUCAUGGGAGGAAAAUGCACAUUAAUAUUUAAACUGUAUGAUACUAAUUGAGAUAUAUUAAGAUUGUAAAGCAUAUACAAAGUUGGCCUUAUUUAGUGAGUUGAAAAAGUCUCAGGUUUAUGAGUUUAUCAAAAUUCACUUAACUUAUACUUGAAGGUAAAAUAAAAAUAUUAUAAAAAACGCUCCUAGAUGCUUCCAUGGUGCUUUUCCACUUGCCGAGUUCGUUGUGAAAAAUAAAUAUAAAUUGGAUUCCCCUGGUAAUAUGCACAGAGAGAAUAAAUGAACCUGACUUCAAACACAAGUGGAUCUUUUUGAAUUGGUUAGUUUCAUAGAAGCUGCACCUGUGUUCAUCAAAACGCUGGAGACACUUCAUAUUUAAAGGUGCACUGUGUCGCUUUUCUGCUGGAGCGAAGUUACAGAUCAGAGCUGUGGAUGGGUAACUUCACUCAGAGUUAGGAAUACGUGUUUUUAGCAACAAAACACAUGUAAGAAAAGAUUUACAGUGCACUUUUUAAUUAUUAUGUUUUUUCUCAUAUUAAUAUAAUGGAAGCAAAUUUGCAGAAAAACCUCCAAAGGACAAAAACCCUCCUGUCUUUAUGUGAAUUGAUCGUUACUGAGACUUUUUUCUGGCACUGAAAAACACCUGUACAUUCCUGGACACUUGUUAACGCUCUGAGCUACACUUGAACCAAGAGGAAGCUGCUCUGAACAUGGACUCCUUAUGAUGCCUUUGUCUGCGUGCUGUGGGCUUCUCACACUUUUGUACUUUUAUAUUCUAAACUGUAUACAGAAUGUUUGAAAUACUCAUAUACAUUUUAGUAGAACAUUGUUAAAUCCUAUCUUGGUCCUGGUAUUGUCCAGGUUUACUGUCCUAAACACUGAUUUACUCGUGGUUUAGUCCUGGUUUAGCCCUGGAUUAAACCUGUUAUACUUCUGUUGUAGCCACUGUUUAGAACUGAUUUGGUCCUGGUUUAGUCUUGGAUUAGCCCUAUAUUUAAUCUGGUUUAGUCCUGGUUUAGUCCUAGAUUAAGAUUGGUAUACUUCUGGUUCAGCCCAUGUUUAGAACUGGUUUGGUCCUGGUUUAGUCUUGAAUUAACCCUAGAAUUAACCUGGUUUAGUCCUGUUUUAGUUCUGAUUUAGUCCUGGUUUAGCCCUGGAUUAAGGCUGGUAUACUUCUGGCUUGGUCCUGUUUUAGUCCUGGUUUAGUCCUGGUUUAGUCCUGGUUUAGUCCUGGCUCAAUCUUUGAUUGGCCCUGGAUAUAAUCUGGUUUAAUCCUGGUUUAGUCCCAGUUCAGUCUUUGAUUGGCCCUGGUAUAGUUCUGGUUUAGCCCUGGUUCAGUCCUGAUUUAGUCUUUCAUUAGAUUUAACCUGGUGUAGUUCUGGUUUAGUCCUGGUUUAAUCCUGGUUUAGUCCUGGUUUAGUCCUGGUUUAGUCCUGGUUUAGUCCUGGUUUUGUGCCCCGAUGUCACAAAUUCACAAAUCUAUUGCCGCUUCUGGAACAAAGUCUGACACUUUGAAAAUGACAAUAUUGUUGAAGUAAACCCUCUUGCUUCACGGAGCAUAUAAAUGUACUUUUAGUGACGCCUCUGAAGUGUUUGUCUGGGACUUUUUGACUUUUAAAAAUAAGUUUUGCUUUGUUUUUUUCUUUUUCCCCAAGUGAAGUGAAGUGCGAUUGGGGAGAUCCUUAAUGAUUCAGCCGCCACUGUGCCAAUCCUGCAGGAGUCACUCUUGUUACGUAACAAGUCUGAGAUAUGCAAAGCAGUUUCCACGCUCCACUGGCUGCUUUAUUCCCUCUGGUCGCGUUAUUCACCUUUUCUUUCUGAAUCCAACUCAUAUUUUCUUAAGAUGUAUCAAGUUAUAUAAAGUUUGCAUUGUCAUUUCCAUAUGUUGAAUAAAUAAACAUAUAAUUUAAAUGCAA